AAGAUGAGACCAUAUAUAUCUGUCAGGCUAAAAAUUCAGCCGGAACAGGGAGGAGUGAUGAAAUCAAAAUCAAAAUCACACAACCAGAGCAAGAAACAGGUUUCAACGUAGAAUGGGAACUUGACAUCAGAGAGGUCAAUGUACGAUUUACUGUACAUGAAGACAUAAGAGCGCUUAAAGAAUCUUUUCAACGACUAAUUGGGAAAGCGUUAGGUGUAUACUAUAGGAUUGUCAACGUACAAAUGAGCACAGGUUGCACCAUCGUGUCGUUCGACAUAACUGGUUCUACACAUCCAUUAGACGAAUCUGCAUUGGCCUUAGCGGAACGAUUCACUACAGGUCUCAAAGACGACUCUAUUCGUUUGCCUGAUGAAACCGGAAACCCAUUAAAAAUACCACAGGAAUCUAUAAAGAUCACAAUGAAAGAGACACUUGAUGCUGCCGCUGAUAUCAAUGUGCCGGUGGUAAGCAUCGAUCAAGCUGCAUACUAUGUUGAACCUGGUGACAUAGCUAUUUUGAGAAGCAGGGUGAUGACGUCGACUCAUAUCACCUCAAUUGCAUGGUUCCGAAUCAACAACGACGACGGAACAGAACAUGCCAUUGACAUUGACAACGAAAAAUACUUUGGAGGUUCUGUUGAGUCACCGUCUUUGGUAAUUGACGACACAACAGUUCAAGAUGAAGGGCGUUAUGUAUGUCAUGCUGAGAACAGAUUUGGUGUCGGAAAAACCUUUUCAACCUCCAUGUGCAUUUUCAAUAGGGACAACAUUGAAACCUCUUUGGUGCUACAAGCUGAGACGUCACGAAGAGAGAGCCAGUCACUAAGUAGUUCCAAGACAACAAUUGACGACGGUUCCACGAUACAGCCAAUUACUGAAAAGGAGUCGCCUGACAAUGUUUUCGUAUCAGCUGCAACAGAUGGUCAUACUAAAACAGUAAAACUACUGUUGGAAAAGGGAAUAGAUCCUUACGAUUACGGGGUUGUGGAAUCUGCUACAGGAGGUGGUCAUACAAAUACAGUGGAACCUAUGGUGGAAAUGGGAGCAGACCCUAAGCGAGUAUCAACCACCACAGAAACGAUGGCCGCCAAGUACAUUUCCAGCAGAGAAACCACAAAUUUUGCACGACCCUCUCGAUUGUUGAUCGAUAUCUAUUCUGACCUUUUUAGAUCAGUCCUGAAAGUUAAAUGCCCGCCUCCAGGACUAUCCGCUAUUCUGCAAAGUCAAAAAGUUCAACUUUGUAAAAUUCUUGAACAGCGUCAGCAAGAAAUUUUAUAUCCAUCAGCUGGAGCGUUUUCAGGUAACCUGGAUGACUUAGAUUUUACACUUCUGUACAAACUGCUUCGAAACCUUCAGGAUAUCAACAUACCGCCACAUCAGAAAGGUUGGGGGAAGACCCCAGACAAUACAGACAGGUCACUUUCAGCUAAUAUUGAUCGGUUGAAAGAGGAGAGGAAUGAAGCUGAUGAACAUUUGCCCACAGCUUCACUGUCUGAUGCUGACUUCAAUGCUAGGUGUGAUUAUAUCCGUCAGAUCAUCUCCGAAAUUGAAAACGACGUUCUCACUGGAAGCACAUUUGUGACCGCUGUAGACGCUUUACUGACCAUGAGCAUGGACCAUGAUACGAAACAAUAUAAUAUACAGGAAUUCAAGGCAAGAGAAGCGAUACCUCCAAAAGUAGCAGCCAUGAUAGCAACUACACGUGCCAGUUUCGAAGAAGAAAAAGAAAAGAAAACAUUCAUUGAAACCAAAAGUUUCUUUGAUGCUAAAGAAAAGCUUGAAGAGAACAGGAUCGUUGUAAUUAAAGGUAACACCGGAGAUGGAAAAACAGCGACAGCUAUUCAACUCCUUAACAGGCUGAGUAAUGAACAAGAAGACAGACAGCCACUACAAAUUCACAAAAUUGAAGACUUAGAUUUAUUGCCUCCUAAUUCAAAAUAUCUUGCUUUGAUUGAUGAUAUUUUUGGAGAGAAAGUUUUGCAUGAUAAGGAAGUAGGUGAGUGGAACAAAAGAAUCAGCUCUGUAAAUACAAAAUUUUGUGGGGAUGAUCAAACCCAGGGCAAUUUUCUAGUCAUAACUGUUCGUAAUGAAGUAUUUAAUUCUUUGAAAAAGCAUUCUUUGGGAUCAGUUUUCAUUGAUUUCAACAUCAUUGAUCUUAGUUCUAACACUUACCAAAUUGCAACAGAAAAGAUGGAUAUUUUGGAGUUCUAUGAGCCAAAGGAAAACACAUUUUUUUGGGAAGACGAAGAAAAAGACGCAGUCAUGGUUUAUGCCCCGAAUAUGGGAUUUCCGCAAUGCUGUAGACUUUUCAGAGAUAUUCCUGAAUUACAGAAAGAACGAGUCAACUUUUUUAAGAAACCUCUUAAAUUUGUGAAUGAAGCAUUGUCAAGAUUAGAGGAAUGUUCUGCCCUUUUGUUUCUCUACCUCAAUGGCGGGAUCGUACAGGUAAAAGAUCUAGAUCCAAACAGUGAAAAUGUAAACACAUUUUUUUUAGAAGAAGCAUUCAAAAUUGAUUUGAUUGAAAGAGUAGAUGACAGAACAAUAAUAACCUAUGAGAAAAGAAUAGGAUUUGUAAAGAAAAGUUUAGAGAGAUUAUCAGGGUUUUUGGUAGUAAAGGAGAAAGAUUGGUCUGGUGAGGAUGUGUACAGAUUUUCUCAUGAUUCUAUAUGUGUGGCAGUGACACUUUUGUAUGGAAAAGCCACACCUAUUGGCUACAUACGGAAUUGUCCCAGCAAAUCCCUCAGUUAUCUAACAACAUGCACAAACUCUCCAGACGGGGUUGUCAUAUCACGUAAUCAUUAUACAUACAUGUGUGAACGUCUGAUUAGAGAGUUUGAAUGUAAGGGGUAUGAUUAUGGCACCAGUAUUGCCUCUCUAGACGUAUGGAAUGAUCGUGAAUUCGGUGACAAAUUUGUCAGGAUGUUGAAUGAUAAAAAAGUUGAGAAACUUGCUGUUUUGAACAAGGCAUGUUCUUAUGGUGCAGAAGAAUGUGCUUUAUACCUUCUGCAGGAGGGUGUAAAACCUGACAAAAACACCCCGACCUGCAUUUUGAAUGGGAAAAGUGUGAAUGUUCUGAAAGCCUUAAUCAAUUAUCUGAAUGAUGAGAUUAAACUUGCCUUGUUGGGACAAGCAUGUUCUGCUAGUUCAUUAGAAUGUGCAAUAUAUCUUCUGUCUAUAGGUGUUAAACCUAACAAGCAUACAGAAUUGUGGUCAUUGAUUAGCAUCAAGAAGCAUAAAGGAGAUUACGUGAGACUUAGAAGAGUUGCACAAUACCUGAACGGUGAGACAAAACGUGCCAUGUUGAAUAAAGCAUGUUUUAAUGGAACAGAAGAAUGUGCUUUGUAUCUCUUGUCCCAGAAUGUGAAACCUGACAAUGAGACACCGUUUGGUGUGGUAGAGAGAGGUAGUGUGAAGGUGUUACGUAAACUUCUUCAGUAUGACGUCACUUCAACAGCAAGAGAUCAUUACAAUAGCAAUGUUCUGUACCAUUCGUGUUUGUAUCAGAGAGAAGAGAUGGUGAAUAUGUUGUGUGACACUUAUCCACACAUGGUGCAUGACCAUGGUUGGUUAGGAAGAACCCCGCUCCUUGUUGCAGCCACAACAGGAAACUGUUCCAUGUUUCGGACAGUGGAGAGAAGUCUCCUGAAUUCUUUGUAUAGAAUUGAGGAUGAACAACACAAGUGUGAGUCAGUAGAUGGUCGUGUCGUGCAUAGAAGUUGUGCGUGCGCUCAGUAUAUGUCUCAGCUUGUGUGUAAUGACGGGUGUACGGUGUUACAUUUGAGUUAUAGAUGGGGACACAAGGAUCUUUGUUUGUAUUUGUGUCAGUCGUACCCAAAACUAACCACAGUUGCAGAUAAGGCCGGCUGUCAUUGUCUACAUUAUAUAGCUAGGUAUACAUCAGAUGAAGUCAUGUUCAACGAAUGUGAAACCAUCGUAAAACAGUACUUUGAAUCAACAGGACAUACGUAUGACAUCAAAACCAUACUUGAUAGUGAGGGGAAAUCUGUUUUAGAUAAGGCAGAGGAAAGAAAAACGGAAAAGGCAAAGUACCAUAAGACAGACAGCAGCCCUUUAUUUGAUCAUCUUUGCAAAGUGUUUGGUAGAUAAGAAUGCUACAUAUUCCAAAGAGACACACUUGUGCUAAUCCAUGCAUCAUGUUCAAAGUCCAGAUCAUGACCAAUGGUUAUAAUAAAGACAUUUUACAAUUG